AUGUCAGACUCCUCUUCUCCUAGCGAAUCCUUAAGCGAAAUCGAUAGUAUGGAAGACAAAAAAUUCAGUAUCACAAAAAAAGAUGAUAUUUUAAUUUCAAAACAAAUUGUUAAUAAUUGUGAGAUUCCGUCCAGUCUUUCAAAAGCUAAAGAUGGAUUAGAUUUUGACGAAACUUGUAAUAUAACUGAUUUCGAAAUUCAUAAUAAAAGGAAUGAAGCAAAUACUAACUCCGAUGUCAUCUCUCGAGUAGAAAUAAAUACUAACGAAUUAACUGAUUAUUAUAUAGAAAAUUUUAUUGAAUCAAUGUUAAAUGAAAGACAAGACGAAGAUAAUUAUUCGGUAAUAGCUAAUAUGGGAGAAAUAGAAAAUUCUGUAACGUUUGCACGAUUAGGAGUUUUACAUCCUACCAUAAUAAAACCAGAAAAGAUAAAAUCAGUAAUAAAAACUGUUUUAAAGUACCAUUCGAUAGACGAACUUCUUUUUACAAAUUCAAUCAACGAUACUUACAAAUACUAUGAAAUUCUAAAAAUAUAUGCUUAUUAUUCUGAUUCUAAGAUCGUUUUCGCUCUCCAUUUUCCCAUAGUUUUUCCUGAAAACUUUUCAUACUAUCACCUUUAUUCAAUUCUUACCCUAAAUUCCACAACUAUAAUUCCUCGCAAUACAUAUCUGAUGAUGAACGAAAACCUCUACCAAUACACAUCGCUACCAUGUAUCAACCUGAAAACCAACUACUACUGUACUGAUGAUGACCUAGCCGAUGGAAUUGAAACAGAGGAUUGCAUAUUUCAGUUGCUCCAAUUGCAAUCCAAUACCAGGAGAUGCCAAAGAUCGCCAAUCAAAGUAUCAAGGAAUGUUAUCCAACAAAUUGACGAAUCACACUAUAUUGGUAUUUUUGUGAAUAAAACUAAAAUCGAAACUAAAUGUGGUAGGACUGAUUUUACUAUACUUCAAGGAAAUUAUUUAAUUUUUAUACCGUACCAAUGCCAAAUUAAAAAUGAAAACAAAAUGUUUAACAAUGAAAAUUUUCUGUCAAGGGGCCAACCCCUAUUGCUACCAGAGAUAACCAUCCCGUACUCCAGAAAUACAGAAGAAAUAGCAGAAAUUAAUUUAAAAGACGAACCUCUUGAUGAAAUUCAUUUAAUUCAAGCGAGACAGAAUCAAAUAAAACCAAUAAUAUUGCACCACCUCAAAAACAAUUAUUCAGUAAAUCCUUUAAAUAUUAUAAUAGAUAAGAAAAAAUCAAAUUUACCGACAUCCCAAGUUAAAAAAGAAGAAGCUAUAGAAGAAAGUCAACCACUUGAAGCCCCCAAUCCAAUUCCAAGGGCAUUUUUCACUCCGUAA